AUGACUCAGGGGAAGAAAAAGAAGAGGGUGAACCGCAGUGUACUCCUUGCCAAAAAAAUCAUCAUUAAAGAUGGUGGCACGCCUCAGGGGUUUGGUUCUCCCAGCGUGUAUCAUGCUGUCAUUGUGAUCUUCCUCGAGUUCUUUGCCUGGGGCUUGCUUACUGCUCCGACAUUGGUGGUUUUGCAUGAGACAUUUCCUAAGCAUACCUUCCUUAUGAAUGGGCUUAUCCAGGGAGUAAAGGGUUUAUUGUCAUUCCUUAGUGCCCCUUUGAUAGGAGCAUUGUCUGAUGUCUGGGGAAGAAAAUCCUUCUUGCUGCUAACCGUGUUCUUCACAUGUGCUCCUAUUCCACUCAUGAAGAUCAGCCCAUGGUGGUACUUUGCUGUUAUAUCUGUAUCAGGAGUGUUUGCGGUCACCUUCUCUGUGGUGUUUGCUUAUGUGGCUGAUAUAACACAGGAACAUGAAAGGAGCAUGGCGUAUGGACUGGUGUCUGCCACAUUUGCAGCUAGUCUUGUCACUAGUCCAGCCAUUGGAGCUUACCUCAGUCAUGCAUAUGGAGACUCCCUUGUGGUGCUACUAGCAACAGCAAUAGCGUUGCUUGACAUCUGUUUCAUCUUGGUGGCUGUUCCAGAGUCACUUCCAGAGAAAAUGAGGCCUGCAUCAUGGGGAGCCCCAAUUUCAUGGGAGCAAGCCGACCCUUUUGCAUCUCUGAAGAAGGUUGGCCAGGAUUCCAUUGUGUUGCUUAUCUGUAUCACAGUGUUCCUCUCCUACCUCCCUGAGGCUGGACAGUAUUCCAGCUUUUUUCUGUACCUCAGACAGAUAAUGAAAUUUUCCUCUGAAAGUGUGGCUGCAUUCAUAGCAGUGCUGGGAAUACUGUCCAUCGUUGCUCAGACCAUUGUCUUGAGUUUUCUCAUGAGGUCAAUUGGAAACAAAAAUACAAUUCUCCUGGGUCUGGGAUUCCAGAUAUUGCAGUUGGCCUGGUAUGGUUUUGGAUCAGAACCUUGGAUGAUGUGGGCUGCUGGUGCUGUGGCAGCCAUGUCCAGUAUUACAUUCCCUGCAGUGAGUGCUCUGGUAUCUCGGACUGCAGAUGCUGACCAACAAGGUGUUGUGCAAGGGAUGAUCACAGGAAUUCGAGGGCUGUGCAACGGCCUUGGACCUGCAUUAUACGGUUUUAUAUUUUACAUCUUUCAUGUGGAGUUGGAUGAAAAUCCUAUUAAAGAGGAUAGCCCAGGACAAGACAAAGUGACCUCUUCACAUUUACAACAGAAUUCAAUCAUCCCUGGGCCUCCUUUCCUGUUUGGAGCCUGCUCUGUGCUGCUAGCUUUGCUUGUAGCUUUGUUUAUCCCAGAACACACCAACCUGAACAUUCGCAGCGGCAACUGGAAAAAGCAUGGAGCAGGGCACAGCCACCCCCACAGUCCGCCGGCACCUGGUGAAGGCAAGGAGCCUCUCUUACAGGACACAAAUGUAUGA